AUGGCCGUAGCUCAGUCGGUCCUCCUCAUUUUGAUCAACGAAUCCUGUCCUCUCGUUGGUUUUGGAUUGAGAACUAGGCCGGACCUACUUCGCACUGAGCAGGCGCACAACGAAUUUGAAUGUUUAGGCAACCAGAAGCUUGCAAGCCGGCAUGCGCCAGCAAGAGGUAAGGAUGCCGACGAAGCGGCCUUUGAUCUGGAUGAGCGCUGCUCCGAAGUGGAACGUGGGGUGCUCGGUCGCACGGUCAUAUGUCCCCAGACUGCGGUUGGCAUCCUUAUCAUGUUCAUGAUGUGUCACGGCGUCUCAGGUGAUGCCAGUGGCCACGAAGUGAUAGGAAGGGUUGGUCUUGAUGUCAGGGCCUAUGAGGCUGCAGGCGACUACAUCGACAAUCCGACAUCUUCGGGCAGCGAGGAGCAGGAUCAUGAUGGCGAUGAAGUGCAUUGCGCAAGCGGGCAUGCCACCUUCACUGACGUCCAAGAGGGGCUGAAGACGUGCAACAUCGACCCCGAUUACGCCUUGAAGGAGACGACGUGCAAAAGCGUGAACAGUGAAGGGGAUUGCCUGACAAGUGCAGAAGGCGGCAUGCCGUGCUGUUGGAGAGAUGCCGGCUUCAAAGAUUCGGCAAAGUGCGCGAAGAAGGGCAGCGAUGCUAUCGGAUUGCAAACUCCACCGGACUCGUGCGCUCCAACGAAGGCUGCAAAGAUGGACCCGAUGCCGGUUUGCAAGAUGCUCUGCGUGAACCAGUUCAUCUCGGAAGCCUACGCCGGGUUGACAACGAGAAUUGCGACAGGCAUGGCAGAAGGGGCUGACCUUUUUGUUGUGGUGUGGUGCCUUGCUCUUUUCGUUCGGGGUUUGCUUCAAAUCGGAUAUUUGCAGCGGAUGGGUGAGUUCUUCCAUGUCGACGGAGCGCCGGUUGACGGGCUAAGGGACAAGCUCUACUCCAGAACAGCAGAGCUUGGCACAGCCUACGAAGACAGCCUGGGCAAAUUCAAUCUCCAGGGUUUUGUGGGGGAUACAGCCAUCAUUUCUGCGAAGUCCCUCUUGAAGUCUUAUGGUCCAUUUUAG